AUGACUAAACUGUUUGAAAUGGUUGCCAAAGAAAACAGGAAAGAGAAGUGUCCAGAGACCGUUCAAGGACUUGCCGCUGGCACCGAUCCGCACUGUAAUGCUGGAGACUGCAUUUCUGGAGGAAACAGGUGCAGGCACCGGGCUGAGGUAGUUCCAGAAAGAGGAGACAAGAGGGCCAGGUCAGAGGAAAAGAAAAACCUACUGAGAAGCUCAGCAAUCGGGGACACCACAGAGCUUCCGUGGGGCCCCACCAUCCCGAGCAGUUUAAGAGGAACACAGAUAUGGGGAAAUGAAAAACCCCUUGAAGAAUCAACUGCUUUAUCUUACGACAAUGUCAUGUUCACAGUUAACUUCGUGAUUCAGGACUGGACUCCAGGCACAGGAAGACCUCAACAGUCUUCCUACCUUCAGGGGCUAGAGGCUAUUGUCUCUGCAUCCCUGGCAGCAAAGACUAAGAAACACACUGUCGGGACAGACACCAAGUCGGUGGCUGGCGGGAAUGAUGGGAAGGACGGAACACUAAGACGUAGGGCAGACUGGCCAGGGUGUGCGAGGCCACCCAGAGGGCCUGCAGCCUGGAAGGGGCCUCAGGGAAAGGAGGAAGUCGGUGUGCGUUCUGAAGAGCUCCCCCGCACGGUCGCGUGCCUCGCGCUGCUGUUUCCUCCGGACCUGUGGAAGUCGGUCGCCAGUUUCUCCAGCCUCUGGUGCUGGUUCACACCAGCGACUCUCCGGGGUGAUGCCAGGUCUUCCGUCUCUGACCGGGUUUACGCCAUCGAUUCCUCGCGGACCAUUAAUGGGACAGUGAACCCACUGCUGGAUUGUGAGGAACACUUCCUGCACCUCAGAGGGAGUUUCAAGAAGCAGUCUUAUGAUUCACUAUACACCAUUUACUAUGAUUUUAAGCCAGCACCUCUAGACACUUCUUGUGAAGGAGAGCUUCAGGUAGGCAAACAAGAUGAAGUCACAAUUACACUGCCACAACCAAUGACUGUGUUCAAGGGGAACAAGUGGCCUUAUCAGAAAGACUGUGGGCUUAUUCUUAGUCAUGACAGAGAGAAACUCAGUAGCAGCAUUCAGGUCAAGAAGACAAGAGCUGAGGGGAGCAGUAAAAUCCAGGCCUGUAUGGAGCAGCAGCCCACUUGGCCCCCAAGGUCAUCACCUCCACCUCUAUAUCCCAUGCCAUUUAGAGCUCCAAUGAAGCCUCCAGGUGAACCAUCUUCUCCCUUGAAGGACAACCCCCCCGAACCUCAGCUGGAUGACAUCAAAAGAGAGGCAAGGGCUGAAGUUAACAUUAUUGAGCAGAUGAGCAGCAGCAAUGGGAGCAGCUCCUUAGACUCUGAGAGCUCCUCAGGAAUUGAUGAUGACAGCUCCAGCAGUGGAAGUGAGGACAAUGGCCCAGCCUCUCCUCCACAGCUGUCACACCAGCAGCCCUACAACAGCAGGCCUGCCAUUGCUGAUGGAACCAGCUGGCCACAAGGAAACGACCAGCUCAUGAACACGCUCAGAAAUGACCUGCAGUUGAGUGAGUCUGGCAGCGACAGUGAUGAGUAG